AUGCUUCCAGCUAGGCUUACGAAUGUGAUCUUACCGCUUGUUGUCGCCCUCAUCAGCGUCGGCGGGUACUUUCUGUUCAUCGGCGACUAUGGCCAAUCUGUCUGCGCGUUCCUGCAAGGCCACCUGCUGAGGUCCGGCUGGAAAGGGCGCUUCUACUCGCAAGUCUUCAAAAUGCCCUCUCAAAAGCUGAAGCCUGGCUUCCGCAAGGUGCAGAGUUUUCAGACCGACUAUGCUCCCUGCACAAUGACCCAAUAUGUCUCUGAGCGAAGUGGCAUGCAGGUCGUAGUGGCCGAUCGCAAGGGCCCCAAGAUCAACGGCUACUUCACACUUGCUACCGAAAUUUUCGACGACUCUGGUGCUCCUCACACGCUUGAGCAUCUGAUCUUCAUGGGAUCAAAGAACUAUCAGUGGAAAGGACUUCUGGAUAAGCUGUCCUCUCGAGCAUACUCUGGUACCAAUGCUUGGACUGCUACCGAUCACACAGCCUACACCCUUGAAACUGCAGGCUGGGAGGGCUUUGCCCAGAUCCUCCCUGUCUAUUUGGAGCAUGUAAUUUUGCCUACCAUCACCGAUGAGAGCGUUGUCACUGAAGUUUGGCACAUCGAUGGAGAAGGCAACGAUGCUGGUGUUGUAUACUCUGAAAUGCAGGCUGUGGAACAUCGCAGUACCGAAAUUUUGGACCUUAAAGCUCGUCGACUUUUGUACCCAGAAAACGUCGGCUUCCGCUACGAGACUGGUGGUAUGACGGAAGCUCUACGAGUACUAACCCCUGAGCGUAUUCGCCAAUUCCAUCGCGAUAUGUACCAGCCGCGCAACUUGUGCAUAGUCAUUGUCGGUGAAGCAGACCAUGAGAAUCUCCUGGAAAUACUGGAUACAUUCGAAGAAAGCAUCAAAGAUGAUAUCCCUGCUCUUGAUUCCAAUUUCAAGCGACCAUGGGUAGAGUCAGCUCAGCCGCCAGCUCUCAAAGAAAGCAUCGUCACGACAGCAGAGUUUCCCGAAGAGGAUGAGUCCGUAGGCGAAAUACUUAUUGGAUUCUUUGGCCCUCACUGCGCUGAUGUGAUCGCCACAUCCGCUUUGAACAUUCUCCUUACUUACCUUUGCGGCUCAUCUGUCUCUGUGUUGGAAAAUGUUCUUGUGGAGCGGGAGGAACUUGCAAGCUCUAUCUCUUGCUGGUGGGAUUCACGGCCGAACUCGCUCAUUUGGCUUCAGCCUACUGGCGUAGAAACGGAAAAGCUGGAGUUUGUGGAGAAGCGCCUCUUCCAAGUCCUCAAAGAUGUCGUGUCGAAACCAUUGGACAUGAAGUACAUGACAGAAUGCAUCCGGCGAGAGAAGCGACAAGUCAAAUUUCACGCUGAAACGUCAGAGUCUUUCUACUCUACCAACAUCAUAGCUGACUACCUCUUUGGAAAGCGUGACGGCUCCACACUCAAGGAUUUGGCAUCAAUCGCGGAAUAUGAUGUUCUUGAAAAGUGGUCAGACGAAGAAUGGCGAGCUUUCUUGAGCAAAUGGAUGGCUGAUGCUCACCACAUCUCUGUCCUGGGCAAGCCAUCUCUGCAGUUGGCCAUCAAAAUGAAGGGCGAUCACGAAGCUCGAAUUGCCAAGCGUAAAGAAGAGCUUGGAGAAGAGGGAUUGCAAAAACUCGCACAAAAGCUUGAAGAUGCAAAGACGAAGAACGAUGCACCAAUCCCCCCUGAAGUCAUUGAUCGCUGGGCUGUGCCCGGUACAGAAUCAAUUCAUUUCAUCGAAUCCGAUACAGCUCGUUCUGGUCACGCCAAGGCCCUUGGACUUGGUCCUGGCCGUGCCCAGGAACUCAUCAAUGCGGCCCCUGGUGGCAAACUGCCGCUUUUCCUUCAGUUCGAAGAUGUGCCUACAAAUUUUGUGCACAUUACCCUUCACCUUGGCACAGCCCAAGUCCCUGUUCACUUGAAGCCACUAAUGUCAAUCUUUAGUGAUAACUUCUUCAACACUCACAUCACGCGAGAUGGGCAGCAAAUUAACUUUGAGCAGGUCGUGAUGGAGCUAGAGAGGGACAGUGUUGGCUAUGACAUUGGAAACUCUCGCCAGCUUAGCGAUGGAGAAGGAUACAUGAUCCAGUUUCAGGUUGAGCCAGAAAAGUAUGCUGCGGCCGUAAACUGGCUCCGUACUAUGAUGUUUGAUUCUGUUUUUGACCCGAUACGCAUCAAAGCUGCCAUCAUGAAAGCUUUGGCAGACGUCCCAGAAUCGAAACGCGACGGGCGCAGCAUGUCCUCUGAGGUGAACACAGCUAUUCACCAGGACAGGUCAACCCUUACAGUCGCAAGGCGCGUUCUUGUCAAGGCAGUUUACCUCAAACGUCUCAAAAAGAUUCUUCAGAAGAAUCCAGAUCAGGUUGUGGAGUGGUUCAAGACAAUCCGCAACUCGCUUUUCACUUUCGAAAACGUCAGAGUUCUCGUCACCGCAAACUUGGAGAAGCUUCCUAACCCCAUCACGACCUGGGAUCCGCUCUCCACCGCGUUGAAGUCGCAAAAUGGAGCGAUGGUUGCUAUUCCGAAGACUUCAAGUACUUUGAACGAUGAAGGAAAGGCCCCUGGCUCUGUCGGCGCCAUUAUCGUUCCCAUGACGACUCUCGACAGCUCCUUCUCCGUAAGCACUGCUCCUGGUCUCUUCUCGUUUUCAGAUCCUAGGCUGCCGUCCAUCAUGGUGGCAAUCGGUUAUCUUGAGUCGAUAGAGGGACCCCUGUGGAAUGCUGUUCGAGGUGCCGGGUAUGCCUACGGAUCUUUCUUCUCACGCAAUGUUGAGAGCGGAGUUAUACACUACAAGGUUUACCGAUCUCCAGAUGCCUCCAAGGCAAUUAUUGCUUCGCGUGAUGCAAUUCAAAAGAUUGCCAAUGAAGAGGUGCCAAUUGAUAAACACCUGUUGGAAGGUACCAUCAGCCAGAUUGUGGUUAGCUUUGCAGACGAACAAUCUACCAUGUCCGGCGCUGCCCAGCAGAACUUUGUCCAGAGCGUGUUCAGGCAGCUGCCCAAAGACUGGAACAAGGGUAUGUUGAAGCGCGUUAGAGAAGUAAAGGAGGAUGAGAUUCGACAGGUGCUAAAGGACAUCAUUAUGCCUUGCUUUGAGCCGGGCAAGAGCAAUGUGGUUAUUACAUGCGCUAAGCUGAUGCAGGAGGGUAUGGAAACCGCAUUUAAGGGAAUGGGCUACAAGGUUCAGACCCAAGAAUUAAGCCAUUUCCACGAUGAUUAUGGCUUGGAUGCUGGUGAUGACGAGGACGAGGACGAGGACGAUGACGAUGAUGAUGACGAUGACGAUGAUGAUGACGAAGAUGACGAUGAGGAAGCAUAUUCGGAUGAGGGGAGCGAGGAGGACGAGGACUAAAUAGACUCGAUGAUACGAGGUCAAUUGUUCGAACUCAAGACAUGGGCCUGGAAAACCUGUACUGUAAGCUUCACAUAGACUCACAGAUGAUGACAUGGGCCGGUAGAAUCUACAUAAAUAGAUAGUACGACGAUAGCCGUGAAAACCAUUUCUCAAUCAGAAUCAUGAUUUCUUCUCGAAUAUUCCCCCCCCUCUUCUUCCCUACUUAAGAUAUCUAUCUAUUACACGCAUAGUUCUUUUAUCUAUGUCUUACAACUCGUCGCGGCCACUGGCUUUGAUGACGCCCUCCUCAUCCUUCUCACUAGUGACGGCUUGCUCUCCCUUCCAGUUCAGGGCCUUGAGACGUUCUGAGAGGUGGGGGUGCGAGAAGUGGUAGCUCGCGUACAUCCAGUCGGCAUCCAUGGAGCUGAGGUUUUGGAUCUGCAGCUUGAGAAGCGACCUGGCCAGCUCAGUUUGCAUACCGAGACCCUUGGCGAAGGCAUCGGCCUGGAACUCAAAAGCGCGGGUGACCAUGUGGAGGAGGAACUGGAUGACGGUGUCCAUGGGAGACAGAGCGUCGGAGAAGAGAAGGAAGCCGAUGAUGAUGGGGUGCUCGUUGUGGAAGCCGAAUGAUGAGUACAAAGAGCGGUUGUUGAUGAAGACGGAGAAGAGGCUGAAGACGUAGAGGAGGUGGGCCUGAGAGAUGCCAAAGAGGCUCGUGGUGUGACCCAAUUUCCAGUGGCCGAGCUCGUGGGCCAGGAUUGAGAGAACCUCGUCAGUUUCGGACUUUUCCAGCAGAGUAUCGUAGAUGACAAUGUGCUUCUUCCAAGGCAGACCGUAGAAGAAGGCAUUAGAGUGAGCGCUGCGCUUGCUGCCGUCAAUGACGUACAGCUCGUGCAGGGGGAAGUUGAACCGAGCAGCCAAUUCGUUGACCUUUGUCUUGAGCUCGCCGUCUUCGAGGGGAGACAGCUUGUUGAACAGCGGUUGGAUAAAGGUAGGAUACAGAGUAGUCAUGAGAACCUGGACGGUGGCGGUGAAAACCCAAGUGUAAAAGACAAACUGGGAGCCAGUCUUUUGGAUGAUCUUGAGGAAACCAGCGAGGACGGGGGGCAUCAGGACGGCAGUCAGAAGGUUGGUCUUGACAAUAUCGGAGACGAACAGGCCGGGCGUCUGCUUGUUGAAGCCAAACUUUUCUUCCAGGACAAAGGUGCUGUAGAUCUUGGUCGGCAGGCCCAGCGCCUGCUGGAUGAGCAUAAAGGUGAAGACGAAGACGAUGGAGUGGGAGAUUUCGCCGGUGAAGCGCGCGGGCGCCCACUUCAGCAGCAGGUCGCCGGUCCAGGACCACAGUUUGGGCAUGACAUCGAGUUGGAUAAAGGCAAAGUUGACGAUUUGGCCCCAGAGGCCGCUGGCGACGGAGAAUUCAGCUUUGGCGCGGCCAUAGGCUUGCGACUUGUCGAAAUCUUCGCGGGAGACUUCCUUGGCGAGGACGGCGGGGGGCUUGGGCGACUGGAGGACACGGUACUGGCGGAAGGUGAGGAAGGAUUCAAAGACGAACUGGCCCAGGGAGAAGCCCAGGACGAGCCUCUUCCAUGGGAACAGCGGGCGGUCGAGGAACUGCGACAGGCGCUG